CAGGAGGGAGAAGAGAUGCGCGGACGUGCGUUUUAUAAGAGCAACUUUGUCCAAGAGGACGACAUUGCGCGCCGCGACCGUGCGUUCGCAGAUCGCGAGUUUUCUCGCGUUGCCGAAGAGAAGCGACAAACAAGAAACAAGAAAAACAUGCGGGCAACGUGCGCGUUCUUCUGCCUCCUGCUCGCCGCCGGCGGCUUCGAGACGGGAAGCAAUGCCAAGACCACGGAAGACGACCGCGACACCAUAAUCGUCGAAGCUGAAAAUGUCCAACACGCAAGACGUGCGCGUCAGAUAUUCCCCUCGCCGGCAGUUAUACAACCCUAUCACCACCCGCUGCUGGCCAGCACCUAUUCACAACUAGAUGGCGCAGCGUACGCACCAGGAAGCGGGCCUUGUUUUAGUACCAAAGGUCUGCUUGGGAGAUGUGUGUCAUUCCGCGAGUGUUAUCCGUAUUUCAAACUGCCUGAUCUUAACAAUUGGGAUAGUUGGGUCUUAGGGAUGUAUGACACGUGCAGUUAUUAUACCCAACAAGGAAGACAAAUGUUCGGCGUAUGUUGCAAUGCUCCACAAGUUAUCAAACCGGAAGUAAAACCUGAAUCUACAACCGAAGCAGUGAAGUCCAGUGAUUCCACUCCGGCGUCUUCAGAAAACAACGGAGUGAAAUACCCUGCAUACCCGAAUAUCCCAAAUUGGCCACCACCAAUUCCCACGCAUCCUCCGGAUCAUACCAUCCCACCUCUACCUACACAUCCACCAAGUCCAGGUUUCCCUGGGAUUAUUCCCGAUGAACAACCCACAUCACCUGUUUCGGUUGUGAGACCCACUAACCCACCAUGGAAACCAACAACGCCGAAACCCCCGCGACCUGUGCACACAACCACAACCGAAAGUAACACCGGGGUGUUUGAUGGUUCCUGUGGGGCUAAAAAUGGUUAUCAGGAUCAGGAGAGGAUCGUGGGUGGACAUAAUGCAGAUAUUGGCGAAUGGCCUUGGAUCGCGGCGUUGUUCAAUGGUGGGCGGCAGUUUUGCGGCGGGUCACUUAUUGAUGACGUGCAUAUUUUAACCGCGGCGCAUUGUGUUGCACAUAUGACAGGUUAUGAUGUCGCUCGUUUGACAGUCCGAUUAGCCGAUCACAAUAUAAAAAUACCACAUGAGACGCGACAUGUGGAGAAACGUGUGAAGCGUGUUGUUCGGCAUCGUGGUUUUGAUUCACGUACAUUGUAUAACGACAUUGCGUUAUUGACCUUGGAUAGCCCGGUGCAAUUUUCUAAACAAAUUCGUCCGGUGUGUCUACCUGCACCUGGAUCCUCCUAUGAAUCACAGACAGCUACCGUUAUAGGAUGGGGCAGUUUAAGGGAAAUGGGACCACAACCUGCUAUCCUACAAGAAGUAAACAUUCCCAUCUGGAGGAAUAGUGAUUGUCGGGUGAAAUAUGGCGGUGCCGCCCCCGGAGGUAUCGUUGAUCACAUGUUGUGCGCUGGUCAAGAUAGCAGGGAUUCAUGCAGUGGUGAUUCUGGUGGACCAUUGAUGGUAAACAAUGGCAAAUGGACGCAAGUGGGCAUUGUAUCAUGGGGCAUUGGUUGCGGUAAAGGUCAGUAUCCAGGCGUUUACACCCGAGUCGAAAAGUUCCUGCCAUGGAUCCAGAAGAACAUGAACAAUUAGAACUAGAACGAGUGUGGGAAGCAGUAUGAUGUAUGAGACACGCGGAGAACAAUUAUUUUGAUCUUAUUUAUUUGUAGUUCGUUUUUUUUGCUUUCGUUGUAAUAAAUUAUUAUUACUGUGA